GACGGUCGUCCCGUGGUGCCACCGUCCAUCCAAGAUCUCAAUGGCUCUGACCUGUUCGCCAUCAAGCGCACCAUCACAGUCACCACGACCACCACCACCACUCUCCCCGGUUCCCCCCCGCUGGCUCCAUCCUCCCCCCGCAGCCCCUCCCAGGGCUCGGACAAGCCCCACAAGAGAAAGAAGAAGAGGCGUCGGCGCUCGGACGAAGAGUUGGAAGACGGCAUGGGCCGGCGUGGGAGCCGCUCCCUCUCGCCGCCGUCACAUUACCAUGGCUACGACUCGGACCAUUUCUCAGACAAACUGGAGAUAAACAUGCACUCUCUGGACGGGGAGGCCCUGGACUCAGACUACCCCUCUAUAGAACUCCCCACCCCUCCCCAGCUUCUGGAACCCGCUGCCCCCAGCGCCAAACCCAAGACCGCCACCAAACCUGGACGCCACCACUUCAAGAAGAAAUCCCGAACGGGCACGAAAGCUGGUCAGUCCGAGUCGUCCUCUUCCUCCUCGGUUCGACCCAAAGGCAAGGGGCUCUCCACCUCCUCACUCUCCCCAACCCAGGCCGCCCUAGCCACCCUUCCCUCGGCCAAACGAGGGCGGAAGAUGGGGAAGGAGAAAGAGCGCGGGGAAAAAGGGGGAAAGAAAGAGUCUGGUCGGUCUGGCAGGUCCAAGAAAUUAAGCGGUGGUGGGAGGAAAGCCAAGCUGCAAUCCAAAGUGUCAGUGCUCGUGCGUGAGGGCGUGAGCAGCACCACGGGGGGCCCGGUGGGCUCUGGGAAGCUGGGCAUGGAGCUCCUCGGGGCAGGCGGGUCAGUAGGGGGCUCUGGGAUGCCGGUGGUGGGAGGUUCCAUUGCGGUGGUCUUUAGGAGGGACAAUGAGAGCAGGUCUCCGUUCCUCAAGCCCUGCUCUGAGCCUCUAUUGCUGAGUGGACGCAACAAGGACCUGGGGAAGGUGGGCAAACGCAGUUCCCUGGCCGCUCCCCCUUCCUCCUCGCUGGCCAAUCCCACGGUGGCAACGCUGAAGUCCAAGAAGGCCAAGCCCAGCUCCACCACCUCCACUUCCUCCUCGGCGUCUUCGCCAUCAUCGUCCCUGGCAACCAAGCGUAGGCGGCGGCUGGCUAAGAAGACGCGGGGAGAGAAAGGCUUAGCCGCUGGUUUGACGGACGUAGAUGGCGCCAUGGCCAACUGUAGCUCUGAGGGCGGCGGCUGGGGUGGGCCUUCCUCCGACAUCCAAUCAGGAGUCGGGACAAAACCCUCCAGUCCACACUCUGGUCCAGCCGGUCCAACCCCUUCCUCAUCCUCUUCUUCAUCAUCCUCCUCUUCUACCAGUGUCCUCCCCCCGUCCUCCUCACCCCCCCACACCCCUCCGCCGUCCCUCACCACCUCGCGUGAUGCUCGGGAGUCGUCUCCCGACUCGCAGACUGUGGACAGCAGCUGUAAGACCCCUGAGCCCUCCUUCCUUCCCGAGGAUUGCCCUGUUCAGACCCAGAGCACCCCCAACCUGCCCCCCUCCAGUCCCACGUCCGUACCCUCCUCCCAGGGGGGAGGCCUCUCACAGUACGGCCCCUCCAGCAUGAAGCCCCUCCCUCUGGAAGAAGCCUCCAAAUCCCUGGCCUCACCCCCUUGCUCCUCCUCAUCUGGCUCUGCCCUCGCCUCUCUCUCCCUUCCUCCUUCCUCCACAGACCCCUCCUCCUCUUCCUCUUCUUCUGUUUCUUCAUCCUCAGCCAACAAGCUGCCACCGCCUCCUCCUCCCCCUCCUGCUGCCCCUACCCUCCCCUGGAGUCUGCAGACAGGAGUGGACUGCACAGCCGGAGGAGUUUUAGCAUUGACAGCUCUGCUGUUUAAGAUGGAAGAGGCCAAUAUCGCAAGUAGAGCCAAAGCCCAAGAGUUCAUUCAUGCUACAAGCCAGAUUCUCUCCCAAACCAAUCAGAACCAUUCAUCGCAGCAUGCCCCUUCCUCUUCUUCCUCCUCCCAGGUUCCUCCUCCCCCUGGCCCCACCCCUGCCCAGUUCAUCCUGCACAGCUCUCUCCCAAUGGUGGGCUGCACCAAAACCCCACCCAGCCUCCUGCACCCUGGCAUGUCUAUGGGUGGCGGCUGUGCCCAGACCCCGCCCCCUCCCAUGCCCUCUGGGUUCUCGGGAGGGUCCGGGGGCUCCAGUGAUAUAGGCUGGGACAAUGAGAGCAAGGACCCUGACAAGUACCUGAAGAAGCUCCACACUCAGGAGCGUGCGGUGGAGGAGGUGAAGCUGGCCAUUAAGCCGUACUACCAGCGUAAAGACAUUAACAAGGACGACUACAAGGACAUCCUGAGGAAGGCAGUACACAAGAUCUGCCACAGUCGAACGGGAGAGAUCAACCCGGUCAAGGUGAGCAACCUGGUCAAGCUUUAUGUUCAGAGGUACAAGUACUUCAGGAAGCACGGUCGAAAGAUGGACGAGGAAGAGAGGGAGGACAGAGAGAUGGAUUCCUCCUAUUGAUUGGACCAGGGGUCGCACUCCCCCUACUCCCAUUGGUUCUGCCACCCAAGGACCAGCCCCGCUCUCCUUGCACGUGACUGGGCCCAAUGAGGCCGUAGAGUGACAUUUUGUUUUAUUCCCCCUCCCUAUUUGCUUUCCCCAUGUAAACUCGUAACACCCCCCCCGUCUCCUGUGUGUCUUGCUGUACAGAAAUGUUGAGUAGAUAUCUGCGAAAUAUACACACGCAGUAUAUGAAUUUUAAAAAAAGUACAAUGUUGUGGGAGAGAUGCAGAACACAUGUAUACACACUUACACAUGCGCGCACACACAUACUGUAUAUACUGUAAGUACACUACACUGACUCUCCUUUCUCUUUGUGUGGUAUAAACCUGUCAUAGUCAGGUGCUUGGUCUGUUGAAUGGAUGGAUGGUUUAAAUAUAGAGAUUUGACACUUGA